AUGGACACUGGGGACACAGCUCUAGGACAAAAAGCUACCUCAAGGCCUGGAGAAACUGAUAAAGCGUCAGGUAGAUGGAGACAGGGACAACCGGCUGUUAUUAAGAUGAGCACUUUCGGCAGUCAAGACGGACAGCGACCACUGCAGAUAGAUCCGGAGCAGAUCGGAAACACGGCAUCAGCACAACUCUUCGGGUCUGGGAAGCUGGCCUCCCCUGGCGAGGUGGCCCAGCACGUCGCAGAGAAGCAAUACCCACUGCACCGUCCGAGUCCUUACUCAUGCCAACACUCACUCUCCUUCCCGCAGCACUCAGUGCCACAGGGGGUCAUGCACAGCAACAAGCCACACCAGAGCCUCGAAGGCCCUCCGUGGCUUUUCCCCGGCCCUUUGCCAUCGGUUGCCUCCGAGGACUUAUUUCCUUUUCCGAUCCACGGCCACGGUGGUGGUUACCCGAGAAAAAAGAUUUCCAGUUUGAGCCCAGCUUUUAGCCAAUACUCCCAGAAAAGUAUCGAACAGUCCGAGGACGCUCACAAGAAAGAGCACAAACCGAAGAAGCCAGGCAAGUACAUCUGCCCGUACUGCAGCAGAGCGUGUGCCAAGCCCAGCGUGCUGAAGAAGCACAUCCGCUCCCACACCGGGGAGCGGCCGUACCCGUGCAUACCCUGCGGCUUCUCCUUCAAGACCAAGAGCAAUCUGUACAAGCACAGGAAGUCGCAUGCCCAUGCCAUUAAGGCGGGCUUGGUCCCUUUCACAGAGUCAGCUGUCUCUAAACUGGACCUCGAGGCUGGUUUUAUUGAUGUGGAAGCAGAAAUACAUUCAGACGGCGAGCAGAGCACAGACACAGAUGAGGAGAGUUCUUUAUUCGUAGAGGCUUCGGACAAAAUGAGUCCCGGCCCACCCCUCCCUUUGGACAUUGCCAGCAGAGGGGGCUUCCCUGGCUCCUUGGAGGAAUCGCUGGGAGGUCCCAUGAAGGUGCCCAUUCUGAUUAUUCCUAAGAGCGGGCUUCCUUUGCCUCAUGAAAGCUCCCAAUAUAUUGGCUCUGAGAUGCUACCCAGUCUGUCUUUACAUAUGAAGGCCGAUGACUCUCACACAGUGAAGCAGAAACUUGCACUAAGGCUGUCCGAGAAGAAAGGACAAGAUUCUGAGCCAUCCUUGAACCUCCUGAGCCCGCACAGUAAGGGAAGCACUGACUCCGGUUAUUUCUCUCGCUCGGAAAGCGCAGAGCAGCAGAUCAGCCCCCCAAACACAAAUGCAAAGUCUUACGAGGAAAUCAUCUUUGGGAAAUACUGCCGGCUCAGUCCCAGAAACACACUCAGUGUUACCAACACCAGUCAGGAGCGGGCCACCAUGGGGAGGAAGAGCGUGAUGGAGCCGCUACCUCACGCCAACACCAGGCCAGACGUCAAGAUGUUCGAAGACCCUGCUUCCCAGCUGAUCCCCAGCAAAGGGGAGCUGGAUCCCGGCCAGACGAGCAUGCUGAAAUCCACUAAAUUCAACAGCGAGCCCAGGCCAUCGCAGACCAUCCCGCCGUCCAUCCGGAGCGAGGGAAAACCUUAUCCUGCAAACUUCCAAGGCAGCAGCAGCCCGGCUCUCCUGGAGGCUCCCGUGGACUCCUCGCCCCUUAUCCGAAGCAACUCCAUGCCGACGUCUUCAGCGACGAAUCUCAGCGUGCCCCCUUCUCUGCGAGGAAGCCACUCGUUUGACGAGAGGAUGACAGGCUCCGACGACGUGUUCUACCCGGGGACCGUGGGCAUCCCCCCGCAGAGGAUGCUCCGGAGGCAGGCUGCCUUCGAGCUGCCCUCGGUGCAGGAGGGGCACGCGGAGGCCGAGCACCACCACGGCCGGCUGCUGCUUAAGAGCAUCUCGGGCUCCUCCUCCUCCUCCUCCUCCAAGGAGAAGAAACUGGCUCCCGGGGACAGGGGUGGCCACGACUACGAUGUCUGCAGGAAACCCUACAAGAAGUGGGACGACUCCGAUGCCCCGAAGCAGAGCUACAGGGACCUGCCCAGCUUGGGCUCCUUCAAGCACGGCGGCGGCGGCGGCGGGGAGUACUUCGUGGACCCCUCGGCCUCGGCGGCAGUGCCCUCGCCGGGGGUGCCCGCCACCCUGUUCGGAGCCCCGUGCGAGAACAGGAAGCGCCGGAAGGAGAAGAGCGUCGGGGACGAGGAGGACACCCCCAUGAUCUGCAGCAGCAUCCUGCCUCCGGAGUACGAGCAGCCCCCCAGGCUGCAGGAGGCCGCGCCCCACGGCCACGUGGAGCGCUUCGACCCGGCGCGGCCCCACCUGCCCGCCGCGGGAAGCCCCUCUCUCGGGUCAGGAUCCGAGGAGUUACCUUCCGAUUCGGAAAAGAUGCCCGACCUCGGAGGCAGGAAGCCUCCAGGGAACGUGAUCUCCGUGAUCCAGCACACCAACUCGCUGAGCCGGCCCAAUUCCUUCGAGAGGUCCGAGUCCUCCGAGCUGGUGCCGAGCGCCCCGGAGAAGGCGGCCUCCUCCUCGCCGUCGGAGGCCGGGGACAGCGAGGUGUCGGAGGCCCCGGUGAGCCCGGAGUGGGCUCCCGCGGGAGACAGCGCGGAGAGCGGCGGGGGGAAGCCGGCCCCCGGGCAGCAGGCCCCGCAGCAACUCGCCUACCACGCGCAGCCCCGGCUGGUGCGCCAGCACAACAUCCAGGUGCCUGAGAUCCGCGUCACAGAGGAGCCCGACAAGCCGGACAAGGAGAAGGAGGCCCCGAGCAAAGAGCCCCCCGAGAAGCCGGCCGUGGUGGUGGUGGAGGAGUUCCAGUGGCCCCAGCGCAGCGAGACCCUGUCCCAGCUGCCCGCCGAGAAGCUGCCGCCCAAGAAGAAGCGGCUGCGCCUGGCCGACAUGGAGCACUCCUCCGGGGAGUCCAGCUUCGAGUCCACGGGCACCGGCCUCUCCCGCAGCCCCAGCCAGGAGAGCAACCUGUCCCACAGCUCCAGCUUCUCCAUGUCCUUCGACAGAGAAGAAGCCACCCCCGCCGGGAAGCUCGCCGCACCCGCACCCGCACCGGGGACCAAGCAGGACGAGUUUGGGAAGCAUUCGGAGUUUUUGACGGUCCCCGCGGGCUCCUACUCACUGUCCGUGCCCGGCCACCACCACCCCCAGAAGGAGAUGCGCCGCUGCUCCUCCGAGCAAAUGCCUUGCCCACACCCGGCCGAAGUCCCAGAAAUUCGGAGCAAAUCGUUCGAUUAUGGGAACCUGUCCCACGCGGCUCCUCCGGGGGCAGGGGCGCCGGCCUCCACGGCCUCCCCGUCCCGGGAGAGGAAGAAGUGCUUCCUGGUGCGGCAGGCGUCCUUCAGCGGCUCUCCCGAGAUCGCCCAGGGCGAGGCCGGCUCGGACCCGGGCGUGAAGCAGGAGCAGCUGGAGCACCUGCACGCCGCCGCAGGCCUGAGGUCCACGUGGCACCUCGCCCCGUCCUCCUCCCUGCUGCCCCCUCUCCAGGCAGAGGACCCAGGGAAGCAGCUGGUGGGUCCUUGUGCCCAGCUGAGCUCAGGGCCCCUGCACCUGGCCCCGCCACAGAUCCUGCACAUGGACAGCCAGGAAGCCCUGAGGAAUCCCUUGCUGCAACCUGCGUCCUAUCUGGCGAGCAAGCACUUGUCAGAGCAGCCGCCCUUGUUCCCACACCAAGAGACGAUUCCCUUUUCCCCCAUCCAGAACGCCUUGUUUCAGUUCCAGUAUCCAACCGUCUGCAUGGUCCACUUGCCCGCUCAGCAACCUCCUUGGUGGCAGACCCAUUUCCCACCUCCCCUCGCGCCACACCCUCAGAAGGGCUAUGGCAAGCCUCCUUUCCAGGCAGAAAUCCAUCCCAGCUACCCCCUGGAGUAUGCUGCAGAGCACACGGGAAAGAAAGCUGCCGAUUAUGCGCACACAAAAGAGCAAGCUUACCCGUGUUAUUCAGGAACGUCGGGCCUACACUCAAAGAGCCUUCUUCCAAAGUUUCCUUCCAACCAGAGCGCCAAGUCAAUGGAUACUCCCUCCGAGCAGGUUCUUCCAGAAGAUUUCACUUCGGCCACCGCUGGGCCUUUGCAGUCCUUACCGGGAACAGUGGUUCCUGUGAGGAUCCAGACCCACGUUCCGUCCUACGGGAGUGUCAUGUACACAAGCAUCUCUCAGAUUCUCGGGCAGAACAGCCCUGCGAUUGUCAUAUGCAAAGUCGACGAGAACAUGACCCAAAGGACACUGGUAACCAAUGCGGCCAUGCAAGGGAUAGGGUUUAACAUCACCCAGGUGUUGGGGCAGCAUGCAGGCUUGGAAAAAUACCCCAUCUGGAAAGUACCUCAGACCUUACCUCUCGGCUUAGAAUCCUCCAUUCCCUUGUGCUUACCUUCCACCUCGGACAGUGCGGCCUCCCUGGGAGGUAGCAAGCGGAUGCUCUCACCAGCCAGCAGCUUAGAGCUCUUCAUGGAAACGAAGCAGCAGAAAAGGGUCAAGGAAGAGAAGAUGUACGGACAGAUUGUGGAGGAGCUCAGUGCUGUGGAGCUCACCAACUCCGAUAUCAAAAAGGAUCUCUCCCGCCCGCAGAAACCCCAGCUGGUCCGACAAGGCUGUGCUUCCGAGCCAAAGGACGGCUUGCAGUCAAGGUCAUCUUCCUUCUCCUCCCUGUCCCCCUCCUCAUCUCAAGACCAUCCCUCGGCCAGCGCGCCCUUGAGGGAGCCGUUCCCUCCCAGCUCCAGGGCACCCUCUCUCUCGCAGAAGUCCAGUGGGCCUUCCGAGAGCAAAGAGUCCUCAGAUGAAUUAGAUAUUGAUGAGACAGCCUCUGAUAUGAGCUUGAGCCCACAGAGCUUUUCAUUGCCGCCGAGAGACAGUCAGCUGGAAGAGCAGGGAACGGGCCAGAAGCUACCCGUUGGCAUGCUGGUCCACAUGGCCUCCGGCCCAAGCAGGAAAGUAGCAAACUCGACACUUCUCUUCACCGAUGUGGCAGAUUUCCAGCAGAUUCUUCAGUUCCCCAGUCUGCGGACAACAACGACUGUGAGUUGGUGCUUCUUGAAUUAUACAAAACCCAAUUAUGUGCAACAGGCCACCUUCAAAUCCUCGGUUUAUGCUUCAUGGUGCAUUAGUUCCUGUAACCCAAACCCAUCAGGAUUGAACACCAAGACCACGCUGGCUCUUCUGAGGUCCAAACAAAAAAUCACCGCAGAAAUUUAUACCCUGGCUGCUAUGCACAGGCCCGGAACCGGCAAGCUCACGUCAUCCAGUGCUUGGAAGCAGUUCGCUCAGAUGAAGCCUGAUGCGUCCUUUUUAUUUGGCAGCAAACUAGAAAGGAAACUAGUGGGAAAUAUCUUAAAGGAAAGAGGGAAAGGAGAUAUUCACGGAGAUAAAGAUAUCGGAUCCAAACAAGCUGAGCCAAUCCGAAUAAAAAUCUUUGAAGGAGGGUAUAAGUCAAAUGAAGAUUAUGUAUAUGUCAGAGGACGUGGACGUGGGAAGUACAUCUGUGAAGAAUGUGGGAUUCGCUGCAAGAAACCAAGCAUGCUCAAAAAGCAUAUCCGCACUCAUACUGAUGUCCGGCCUUAUGUGUGCAAGUUAUGUAACUUCGCCUUCAAGACGAAAGGAAACCUGACAAAGCAUAUGAAAUCUAAAGCGCACAUGAAAAAAUGCCUGGAGUUAGGUGUCUCGAUGACUUCAGUGGAUGAUACAGAAACCGAGGAAACAGAAACUAUGGAAGAUUUGCACAAAGCGGCUGAAAAGCAUAGCAUUUCAACUGAUCAUCAGUUCUCCGAUGCUGAAGAAUCGGAUGGUGAGGAUGCAGAUGAUAAUGAUGAUGAUGAUGAAGAUGAUGAUGACUUUGAUGACCAGGGAGAUUUGACACCAAAAACCAGAUCAAGAAGCACCAGUCCUCAGCCUCCUAGAUUCUCCUCUUUGCCUGUGAAUGUUGGCGCCAUACCCCAUGGGGUUCCCUCUGAUAGUUCCCUGGGACAUUCUUCAUUGAUCAGCUAUUUGGUUACUUUGCCAAGUAUUCAGGUUACUCAGCUUAUGACACCAAGUGACUCAUGUGAAGAUACCCAGAUGACAGAAUACCAGAGGUUAUUCCAGAGCAAAAGUACAGACUCGGAACCAGACAAAGACAGGUUAGACAUACCCAGUUGCAUGGAUGAAGAGUGCAUGCUGUCUUCAGAGCCCAGCUCCUCUCCAAGGGACUUCUCUCCCUCAAGCCACCAUUCCUCACCGGGAUAUGAUUCUUCACCCUGUCGAGAUAAUUCACCAAAGAGGUAUCUGAUACCCAAAGGAGAUUUAUCACCCAGAAGACACUUAUCACCUAGGAGAGAUUUAUCACCCAUGAGACAUCUUUCACCAAGAAAGGAGGCUGCAUUGAGAAGAGAAAUGUCACAAAGAGAUGUUUCACCAAGAAGACAUCUGUCUCCAAGGAGGCCAUUGUCACCGGGGAAAGAUAUCGCAGCAAGAAGAGACCUAUCUCCCAGAAGAGAGAGAAGAUACAUGACCUCCAUCAGAGCACCAUCUCCCAGAAGGGCUUUUUACCACAACCCACCAUUGUCCAUGGGGCAGUAUUUGCAAGCAGAUCCAAUCGUAUUGGGGCCUCCUAAUCUAAGAAGGGGAUUACCUCAGGUUCCUUACUUCAGUCUCUAUGGAGACCAAGAAGGUGCUUAUGAACAUCCGGGCUCCAGCCUCUUCCCUGAGGGACCUAAUGACUACGUCUUCAGUCAUCUUCCACUCCACUCUCAGCAGCAAGUACGAGCUCCUAUCCCCAUGGUGCCCGUUGGUGGGAUCCAAAUGGUUCACUCCCUGCCGCCGGCCCUCUCUGGUUUACAUCCUCCACCCACAUUGCCUCUGCCAAUGGAGGGCUCUGAGGAGAAGAAAGGAACUUCUGGGGAAUCCUUCGCCAAGGAUCCCUACUUUAUUUCCAAGCAGCACGAGAAGCCAUCUCCUCACCUUUUGCAGUCAUCUGGUCCACCCAGCAUGCCCUCCUCUCCUCGGCUAUUGAUGAAACAGAGCACUUCGGAAGACAGCUUAAAUGCAACAGAGAGAGAACAGGAGGAGAACAUACAGACUUGCACAAAAGCCAUUGCCUCUCUCCGGAUUGCCACAGAAGAGGCCGCUCUGCUCGGGGCAGACCAGCUAGCACGGGUGCAGGAGCCCCACCAGAAACCCUUGGAAAGCGCACAUGUUAGCAUUAGACACUUUAGUGGGCCUGAGCCUGGCCAGCCCUGUUCCUCGGCUACCCACACUGACUUGCAUGAUGGUGAAAAGGACAACUUUGGUACAUCCCAGACUGCAUUAGCUCACUCCACAAUUUACAGCAAGAGUUGCAUGGAUGACAAACAGUCGGGCUUUCACGGCAGCAAAGAAUUACCUUCAAGCACAGAGGAAGGCAAAGAACCUUCGUUGGAAAAGAGUCAGCUACAUUGA